CUUACUUUGGGUUGGGAAACUGAUCAGGAUAUCAGGAGUCAACUAAACAACUAGUAAAAAUGGGCAAGCUCAAUACAUUUAUGAUUCAGCUUCAAAAUCAGAAUGCAAUAUUUUACCCAGGACAACCCGUAAACGGACAGGUCUAUGUUGAUUUGAAUGCAGACAUGAAAAUGAGAGAAAUUCGUCUGAGAUAUCAAGGCUAUGCUAAUGUUCAUUGGACUGAGACACGCGAGACAGGGACAGGGGAUGAUAGAAGAACAGAAACAGAUACAUACAGUGCUCAUGAAACAUACUUUGAUAUUACCAUUGCCUUGUAUGGCACAUCUUUAGGACAUGGUGACAAGCUGCCCAGUGGACAACAUAACUUUCCUUUCCAGUUUAUGCUGCCACCCACCUUACCAUCUUCCUUUGAACACAUGUAUGGACAGGUCAGAUACUUGUUAAAGGCCACCAUUGACAAGCCUUGGAAAUUCGAUCACCACACUAAACUGCCAUUUACAGUUGUUUCUCUGCUAGAUUUGAAUGCCAUUCCAGAAGCUCCGAGACCAAUGCAGAAUCAGGUAGCAAAGACUCUAUGUUGUUUAUGUUGUGAAUCGGGACCAAUAACUGGUGUUAUACGAGUAGACAAAUCUGGAUAUGUUCCAGGGGAAGCUAUCUACCUUCAGGGUGAAAUACAGAAUUUGUCAGAUACAGCAUGUUCUGUAGAAGUCAAGCUUAAUCUGCACAUGCUGUUCCAUGCGACAUCAAAAACAAAGUCAGUUCCCCAGGAGGUGACAAAACUAGUUUUAGACCAGUCCAACCCUGGUGAAACACAAAGCUUAUCAGGCAAAAGGAUAGUUAUUCCUCCUGUUGCACCAUCUUUUCUGGCUGGAUGUACCAUCAUAGACAUAAGAUAUCAUUUAGAGUUACACGUCAACCCAUCUAGUGUGUCAAAACGUUUAGUAGUUCCCGUUGAUAUCAUCAUUGGAUCAAUACCAUUAAGAAGUUCAUUUCAAAGUAUAAUGCAACCUCAGCCAGCUAUUGCACCACAUGACAUAAAUAUUAAUGUAGUAGGUCAAGGUCCAGGAGCAUUUCCAUCAGCACCAGAAUUAGCUCCACCAUCUUAUGCAGAAUGUGUUUUUGGAAAGUCAGACAUGCAUGAAGAAGGGGACAAUGAACAUACAAAAGGUCAAAUGUCAUAUGCACCUGCAUAUCCAUACUACAACUUCUCAUGAAAAUCAAAGGUCCGAACUCAUAUAUAAUGUAACCUGCAUACAUCAAUUUAGUGAUAAGAUAAAGUUAUACCGGUAUAUGUAAAUGUAUAUCUUACUGUGAACUUGUUAUAAAGUUUGAAUGUCAUCGUUGUGAUUGUUUAAGAAAAAUAUUUAAUCCCAUUUUUGACUAAAUGUGAGUUGUCUCCUACUUAUGUAAGAGUUAUUCUUCUUUGUUAUGUAUUACCCAUGACAUUUUAGAUAUAUUAAGAUAAUAGUUAUUUUUAAAUCUUAUCAAAAGGUAAUAGUAAAUUACACUUGAAUUUCAAGUAUUACAAACUUGGAUAUUUUCAAAGAAAAAAUGUUAAAAUUUGCUGUAUAAACUAUAUAGAAACAUUAUAACAAAUUGGAGAUAACUUUUAACAAAAUUGCUCCAAUGAAACAGGGACACUUCAACUUGUAUUAAAAAUUGAAUACCAUGAAUAUUCAUAUACUAGUUGUUAUAAGAUUAAAGGCCAAACAAUGUAAUUUGUCUUCUGCUGAACAUUUAAAGAGACUCUUUGAAAUAUUAACUCCUGUAAUUUAAAGAGUUGGGUAUUAUUUUAUAUAGAUAUAUAUAUUUUGUAAUUAUGUUUUGACAAUCAUGUAUUAAUUCUGUAGAAUGCCUUGUUAAUAAAGAAUGAAGGGAGAUAACUCUAUAAUUUUCAGAAAUUAAAAUGAAUGGAAACUCUUAGACAUUUUAUAUGUUAAUUUUUUUCCGUGAACAGUGGAUAAUGAAUAAAAAAUUAUCUACUUCAAAACUUUUGCAAAUUAUAACUGAACUGCAAAAUACAAGGAAUAUAGUAUAUAUAAAUCAACCCUCUCUUUAAAAAAAAAAGAAUUCCAGAAUCAUUACCUGAAUAUUAUUUUGAGUUUUCAAAAAGAAUGCAGCAAAAAGAGAACAUUUAUUUUGAAUGUCCUAUGAAACAAUUUUUCACAAGUCUAACAGGUACAACAUUGUACAAGGUGAAUAUCUCUUUUUGGCUUAAAAUGUUACAUAUAAGAUGUUACAUAUAAAAUGUUACAUAUAAGAUGUUACAUAUAAAAUGUUGCAUACAAAUGUUACAUAUAAAAUGAUGCUUACAAAUACUAGAUGUAAAAUGUUACUAACAAAUACUACAUGUAAAAUGUUACUAACAAAUGUUAAAUGUUACAUAUAAAAUUAUACAUUACAAGUAAUCAACAUGCAUGCCGACUAGAUGUGCAAUUAAGUACUAUGAAUGCAUAAUUUUGCUAUAAAAGUUAUAGUUCUUUUAAUAAUUUGAUAUUUAGUUGUUAUAAUAAAUUUAUGUUUAGAUGUUAUAAUAAUUUGAUGAUUAACAAUUAGACAGUUGUUGUUGUUAGUGAAACUGGUUGUUGUCAGAUGAUAUUCAUUAGCAUUUUAAUAAGGGCUAUUCCAUUAAAAUGUAUGUGGGGGGUAGGAAGGGAAGUUUAAUUAUUGAAUGUGGGUCAUGGCUCUUUUUUCAGAAUGCGUCUAUUACCAUUAUGCAAAAUUAUCUAAAAAAUGGUUCUUGGUUGUAGGGAUAUUUUGAAAGACCCUUCCUACACUCCCACAUACAUUUUAAUGGAAUAGCCCUAAUACUAAUUAUUUUCUAAUUGCUAAAUUGGGAUUUUACUUAUUUCUGUUUUGUGUAAGUGAAUUUCUAGUUCAAGUUUAAAAUGAAACAAUUAGAUUUUAAUAAAUAUUUAAUUUGCAAGAAGCAUAUAAUGAAAACCAUGACAAUCAAACAGACAUACAUAAACUUAUAUUAUAACAAUAUUUGUGAUCCAAUUUUCCAAGCUGCUUUUAAAUAAUUGCAUAGUUUGACAGUAAGAGAUUUACAUUAAAAUUUGAAUAAGUUAUCUUACUUGUACUGAUUUGGCCUUGAACAUUACUGUUUCAAUAACAGAUCUGUAUGCUGGACAAGUUAAAACAAAGUGUUAUUCGUCCUCUAAAGCACUCAUAUUGCAACAUAUUAAAAAUCUAUUAUCUCUUUGUGUAUUUUGUUAAUGAAUAGCUUUAAUAUUUGAUUUAAGUGUGCCACUUCCAAAUUUAGUUUACAGUAACACAUUACAAUUCAAAUCUAAAUAAUUAAUAAUAUAAUACCAAAUACUAAUUUAUAUUGUCUAUAAAUAUAGUUAAAUACAUUCUUGUAACACUAUUGUGCAACUUUGUAAUAGUUACAAAUAUAGGGGCCUCGGUAGCUGAGUGGUUUAAGUAGUCCAACUACUGUAUCACUAGCCUGUCAACACAGAUUGUGAGUUCAAACCCUGCACUUGGCAGGUGCCUUUGACUCUAAUCUCUAUUGACUAGCUUUGUUAGUUUUCCUGACAAUGGUUGGUGGUUCUCUCCGGGGACUCCAUCUUCCUCAACCAAUGAAAACGGAUCACCUCGAAAUAGCCAAUAGUGCUGAAAGUGGUGUUAAACACCAAUCAAUCAAUCUUUAAUAUGUUUUAAAGCAAUCAAUUGAUAUUGUACCAGGAUCUUAUGUAAUCCAGACAUUGUUAAUUCCAAGAUAAUAAAAUUAUUUUUUACGUUAGACAUCCAAUUAAUUAUUUAGUAUUAGUUGCAUCUUCAUAUACAAACAAUUUAUAAACUUUGUAAACAAUAAGAGGUUUAUUAGUAACUAUAUGAAUCCAAUAUCUCAGAGUUUUAUGUUUUCUCAAAAUAUACUUUACAGUUCUCUAGUUAUGUCCCUUUAUAAUAUUAUAUGCAAGUGGGGCAUCAUCUCCUCCAACACUUUUUUAUGUCAAAACCUUUAUGCUAUGUAGGAUGAUAGAACAUAUACUAAAGGUGUGUAUUUUAUAAGAAUUUUAAUUUUCUUAAUAUUUUCCACCAAUGAUGGGUUGUUGAAAUGUCAUUUUUGUAAUUUACAUUCACAUUUUAUAGUCUUGUAAAAUUUGCUAAAAUGUAGUAAUCAAUUUAGAAAUGAACAACAAAUAUUCAUAAAUUCUCCCACAAAAUGGAUUAAAUUUUAAUUAUUGCGAGGGUAUCAAAUGUGUCCUUCAAUAACACUGUUACUAAAGCCAACGGUGGCAUCAUCUUUGUCUAGUUUAAUAAUAUGAACUCCUUUAAGCCAUAAAAAAGGAAAACUGUUUUCUCAAUGUUCAAUUUCAGUUUCAUUGGUAAUGUUUUAUGAAAAUAAAAUGAUUCAAAUGCAAUUCAAGUAAUAAAUUUAGAUUGAAAAUAGCUUAUUUUUAAGUCUUUUUUUUUGCAAAUUUUCAAUGUUUUUACAUGAUAUUUUGAAUUUUUUAAAAAUUGUUGUUUUGUUUAAAAAUAUGAAAAAAAGGGAUUAAGCUCUUGUCAAACAGAGUUAUAUAUUUAAAAAUUUGUGUUUAUAUUCAUACUGAGAUGUUUUGAACAAACCACUUACAGUAGCAAUUUUAAAGUGCCUACUCUUGUGACAUACUUUGUUUUGAUUAAACACUUCAUACUAUAUAUUUUAUUCAAUUUAAAUAUUCUGUUUUUAAAUUGCCUGAACGAGAAUUCAUGUCCAAAACUGAAAUAAUCUGAAAGAUUGUGUUUUUUUUGUUCGUUGUUCUUAGUAUACUGGGUGUAUUUAUGAUGUCAAAACAUAUAUUUGUUUCUUAUUUUAGCUUACCUCUCUAAAAGAAGCAUAUGAUCAAUUGACAUCCAUUGGUAUCUGUUGUAUGUCUUCUAUUGCUGUCUUCUUUUUAAUGUUUUUUUCCCCUGAAAUCAGGAAAUGGAUGAACCAAUGGGGGUAUAGUGUCAAAUUUGGGCCAAAAUUUUCAACCAAUAUAAACAAAAUGCCAUUACAGAACAAAAUCUUUCUUUGGGAUUAAUUCUUCUGAAAGUAUUUUGAUGGGCCAAAUGCCACCAAACGUUUGGGAGAUGAUACAAUAUGAUCUUCAACCAAAUUUUGAGGAAAUUAUGCAAUUGUUAUCCUCAUAAAGAACUGUUUGGUAUUGCCUGAACCAUUUUUACAUUUUUACCAUGUGAACAAUGAUCAGAAAACUGGGCAAAUUUAUUUGAAAAUUCAUUAAAAUUUUGUUACGGGAUAAAUGGCAAAAUCUUCUGGUAAUUGAUACAGUUUUUAUCACCUUCAAAAAUUGGCAAGUGAUCUCAGUCUCCAUCAGACAUUGCAGUUUCAUUUACAGAAAUCAAAACAUAAAAUGGAAAAAAACAAAUGAAACUCACUGUGAAGAUAAUACCCUCUUACGCUUUUUAUUUAUCAAUUCUCCUGUGAGAAGGAGAUUUUGGAACCAGAAGACAUUUUUAUAAAUACACGGAUUUCUUUGAAAAAUGUCUUAACUAUCUCAGGAAUGCUCGUUUUUUUUUACAGUUGUUCUUGUAGUAUAACUGAUUGAUUUUCACAUUAUCUUUGUUGUUAAUAUUGUUUAUGAUAUAAUAUUUGUAUUUAUGCAUGCAUAGUUUUUAUACGACCGCAAAAAAUUUUUGCGGUCAUAUAUUGGUAUGACGUUGGUGUCGUCAUCGUCGCCGAUGUCCGGCGUCGUCGUCGUCCGAAGACACAUUGGUUUUCGCACAAUAACUUAAGUUUAAGUGAAUAGAUCUCUAUGAAAUUUUACCAUAAGGUUCAAUACUACAAAAGGAAGGUUGGGAUUGAUUUUGGGAGUUAUGGUACCAACAGUUAAGGAAUUAAGGGCCAAAAAGGGGCAAAAAAUAAGCAUUUUUGUAACUUCCAGACAAUAACUUGUGUGUUAGUGUAUGGAUCUCUCUGACAUUGUACCACAAGGUUCCAUAUCACAAAGGGAAUGUUGGGAUUGAUUUUGGGGCUAAUUGCCUCAAAAUUUUAGGAAUUAGGGGCCAAAAAAGGGGCAAAAAACAAGCAUUUUUCUAGUUUCAUGACAAUAACUUGUGUGUAAGUGUAUGGAUCUUUCUGAAAUUGUACUACAAGGUUCCAUAUCACAAAGGGAAAGCUGGGUUUGAGUUUGGGGGUAAUUGCCCAAAACGUUUAGGAAAAAGGGGCCAAAAAGGGGCUAAAAAUAAGCAUUUUUCUAGUUUCCAGACAAUAACUUGUGUUCAAGUGUAUGGAUCUCUCUGAAUUUGUACUGCAAGGUACCAUGCCACAAAGGGAAGGCUGGGAUUGAGUUUGGGGGUGAUGAAUCAUAAGGGGGUUAAAAAAAUUGGGAGGGUUUUUUUUUUUCCUUUUUUCCUUUUUUUUUUCUUUAAAAUUUUCCAUUUUAAGUUGGUUAUUUUUUAUUUAUAUAUAAAAGCAAAUAAUAAUGAUAUGGUUUGAUUUCAUCAAAAUUGAAAUAUUGGGGUUCUUUGAUAUGCUGAAUUUAACCGUGUAUUUAGAUUCUUAAUUUUUGGUCCUGUUUUCAAAUUGGUCUACAUUAAGGUCCAAAGGGUCCAAAAUUAAACUUAGUUUGAUUUUUAACAAAAAUUUAAUUCUUGGUGUUCUUUGAUAUGCUGAAUCUAACCGUGUAUGUAUUUAGAUUUUGGAUAUUGGACUAUAAUAGGUAAAUUAAAUUUUUUUAAGUUCUUUGACCACAUUCAUUCUGUGUCAGAAACCUAUGCUGUGUCAAAUAUUUAAUCACAAUCCAAAUUCAGAGCUGUAUCAAGCUUGAAUGUUGUGUCCAUACUUGCCCCAACUGUUCAGGGUUCGACCUCUGCGGUCGUAUCAAGCUGCGCCCAGCGGAGCAUUUUAUUAUAAUUGAUAUAUUCUUUCACUAGUCAGAUUAUAUUGUUGUCAUUUUAUUUGAUUUCCAUCUUUUGCUGCAUUAUUUUGACAUGAUAUUAUGGUAUCUUUUUUAUUCUUUUUAUAUCUAUUUACAAUUGAGGUUCAUCUCGGUCUUGUUUUCCAAUUUUUUUACUUUUCUGGUUUCUAUUUUGCCAUAUUGCAGACAAAACCCUGAAAGAAAUGCUGAUUCUUAUGUCUUUUCAUUACUGUUAACUAAUUUUUUUUCACAAACGUCAAUAAUGUAGAAUUUGGAAAAGUAUUGAUGUUUUACUAUUUUUGGUUUGAAAUUAAACAUGUUGUUGUAAACAAAUGUGUGUUAUGUAUACAGUACAUACAAGUGAUCAAAAUUACAUAUAUACCCAGUAAAAGUUGAUGUUUUAAAUUAUUGCGAGUUCAAAUAGGUCAUACAGAUACAAUUCAACAUAAUAAAUACCAUCAAAUACUUUU